UUGCCCCUCCUCCUGCUCCCUCCUCCUCUGACCAUCCAGCACUCUCGACGCGGCCCAGGGACGGGGGCUGGGCCACAAACGUCCAAGUGCAGAGUCUGGAGUGGCGUAGUGGUGGGGGGAAACGAGGAGUGAGGAGCAUGGCACAAUUGGCCCUCGAUGCAGGGUGUGCACGGCGGUGCAGGGGAGGGAGGGAGGACAGGGAGCUACCCAAGGAGACCUAAGACAAGACCGUGCUGGGACAUGUGAGGUAGACGUGGGAGAGUAGGGUGACCUAGACGGUGGUGCUACAGGAUGGACGGGUGAGUGAGCGACCAACACGAGUAAGCCGCAGCGACCUAGGAGGGUGCAACCACCUGGGGAGACGCUCCCACUGGGGGGCGCGCGGUGUCAAGCGUAAACAGGCCUGGCACCGGGUCCCAGGGGAAACGUGGUGAGAGGCACCAGUGGCGGCCUCGGUAGAGUCUGCAUACAGCUCGUGUCCAGGGAACUUAAUGGUGAUGCCGAGGUCCUGAAGAUAGCCGACACCAACUAGGUUCCUGGAGAACGAGGGGAUGUGCAAGCCUGUAAGGGAGCCCGAGGGAGCCGCGAGAAAAGGAAGGAUGGUGGAGCUACGGUCGACUACCGGACCGGAGGAGGGGUCAGCAGGCGCGACAGCGGCGGGGACGCAAGCGGCAUAAGAGCGAUGUGGUCGCGAAAGAAGCUGGCGGGACGGACCAGAGUCUAGCAUCAACGAGAGCGCGGCGGUAGCGGCGGCUGGCAGAGGGGCUAGGGUGGAGAGUAGGCUAAACAAAGCUGGAGGUCCUAUGCCUGGUGCAGCAGGGAAGCCUAGACUACACAUAGGGGGCACACCUACACUAGGCAAUAUAGGGUAAUAAGGUAAAGUCACACAUCAGCAUACAUGGCAUACAAAGCAGAGCGAAUCUGAUCCAUAUCCAUCUCAGAGACUGGCACACAAUGACGUACCAGGCUGUGCCAGUCGGUGGGGUCCGACGCAGGGCCGAAUUGGAGACGGAAGAGGUCGUUGAGGCAGCGGUAGCAGCGAGCGGCGGUGUGACCGGGACGGUCCCAGACAGAGCCGCGGCGGGGGCUGGAUUAAAGCUGGUAUUGGCAGGUCACGACACUGGAGCCGCCACCUGACACCGAGUUGCACGGCCCACCACCACGACCACCAUCACAAGAGCUGCUAGGCCACCAUGGCGGCGGAGGUCCCCACGGCUGCUGCUGCUACUGAUGCUGGGGUUGCUAUUGCUGCUGCUGCGCCGAGGCAUCAGUCCCGGUCCCCUCGUCUGCACCACUGUCCCCUCCAUCACCCCCGCCACCUCCACCACCCCCGCCACCCCUCCCGCCGCCGCCACGCCCCCCUCAGGCCCGUCUUCCCCUACCCUGACGAGACUGCGCUGAGGCCGCCGCAGCGGUCUCGGCAGCAGGGGCCGUCUUAGCAACAUCGACACAGACGUCAGAGUAAGUGCACUGGGAGGGAGUACUGCCCUGGAAGUUAGGGACCGCCGCAGUAUUGCUCGACUGAGUGAUAGUGCGCUGACGGGUCUCUAUUGCGGACAAGGUAGUGACAAAGUUAGUGAGGGUGAGGUCAGCGGGGUGGAGGCCAAGGAAGUGGUCGCGGGCAGUGGCUAGGCGGUCAGGAAGGCGUGUGGUGAGGAAGUAGAGGGUAGCGCCGAGGGGGGGAGGCAGUACAAGGAGCUGAGCCUCAGUGCUAGCAGCACGGUAGCUAGCCUCUAGUGCACGCAGAUGAGUGGCGAGAUUAGCGACAGUGGGAAAGGAUGCAAGACUAGGGAAGAGCAGGGGGAGAAGAAGACAGUCGGCAGAGGCGAAGGAGGGAGUGGAAUAGCGCGCAAUGAUAGCAUCUAAGUACUCCUUUGUAGACUCUAGAGCUUGGUAGCAAGGGCGCUCAGACAGGGGGAGGGCGCGACUGAUAUAGCGAGCUGCGCAACUACAUCACGCGACUCCCUGACAGAGUGGGCGAGCUCAGCAGCUGCAAAGGCCUCACGCUCAGCGGGCGUGGGGGCGUCAGAGAGGGCAGCACGUGGGUUGGGGCAGGAGAGCUUACCGUCGACGUGGACGGCUGGAGACUGGCCAUCCUGACGCUGUCCCCUUAGCAAGCGGCGGAGGUCGGCAAGCCACGCCUCAAAGUCGAUCGCCCGACCCUUUGCAUCCAGGAGGAGCACAGCGUCCGCCAUCGCCACGUCUGCAGCAGCUGAACGCCACUAGACGGCUCGGUGGCUUGAUGGCGCGGCGGCUCGGCGACUCGACGGCUCGGUGGCGCGGCGCAGCAGCUUGGCGGCUUGGCGGUGUGACACAUAGCUAGGGCCGGUAGCGCCUGGGGCCAGCAUGGACCGGGGCCGGCGCGAUGUGGGGCCGGCGCGGAAGGGGGACGACGUGGACUGGCAGGGCCGGCUCGAAGUGGCAGGAGCCGGCACGAAGUGGCGGGGCAAGCGCAGAUCUGAGAAUCAGACGGGGUACGAGAGUUUUGUCUGACCAUCAUAUGAGGUGUUUGGCUUGGUCUAAAAUUUCAGACGAAGUAUAC